AAAAAGGAAAAUGUUACACAUGUGGCUCUAACUCAUUUGGUCAACUCGGUUUUCCUAAACGUGCUUCAGAUCCUCGCCCUUGUCUCGUGAAAUCGCUGGAAGAGAAACUUAUUAGUCACAUCGCUUGCGGAGAUACGUUUACAGUUGCUGUUACAGCAGGUAGCUCGAUGUACUGUAAUCCUGUUCAUAACAGAUUAGAAACGUUUCUAACUACAAAUUGUGUUUGAACUUAGUACGAGUUUGGGCUUUCGAAAAUUUCGAGUCGUUGUACAUAGUUUUUAAUUUUUGGGACAAUUUAGAGCCUUAUGCAUAGACAGAUAUUUUUGGGGGGAGGGGGAGGGGGGGGGGGGGGGCACCCCAAGAAGAGUCGGCACUAACAAGAAAAAGUGGGAAUCUAAUUAUUAUUCGACCGGUCUUGGAGUAUGCCAUACCAGGUAUUCUGUCUGAUAAACUUGAAACAAUACAGAAAAGAGCCCUGAAAAUAAUUUUCCCAUCUGCUGAAACAUACCUAGAAGCUCUACAGUUAGCCGUGGGAUUGACAAUCUAGCCGAUAGGAGAAUCAGCAUAUGUAAAAAAUACAUGAGUAAAAUGAAAAGAACAAAUCAUCCCUUACAUGCGUUAAAAGACAGAAAACGUUUUUACCUAAACAGAAAAGACAGAAAACUUUUUUUACUUUCAAAUAUUAUUAACAUUUUAAUAAACCUUUUUGAAGCCUGUUUUCACUAUUUUUAUUGCAAACUAAAGUUAGAUUUUAUAUAGAUUAUUUGGAUAAAACUGUACUAGUUUUUAUUGCAUUAUAUCAUAUAGUUAUACUAUUAAAUUGUAAAUAUAUAAACUCUGUAAUUCAGUCUCUGUAACUGCGAAAGAGUUUCUAUAAACCAUAAUUAAAUCAUCAAGUGCGUUGACAAUUUCUUCACUUAUUGCAUUUAGAUAUAGUGUGAUAGUGUUAGAUGGAUUCACCACCCUAGAAAUCUAUGUACAUACCUUUGAAUACAAGACAUAUUGCAAUUCUUCAUGUCUUUGGUUUCUCGAUAUGUAGUCCUAGCACUUUUGGUUACUUUUGUUGAGGAGACAUGAGAUAAUUUAGGUUUCCGCCUUGGUUGAAAAAUCUAGAUUCCGGACCAAAAAUGGUUUGGGGUGAAAGUAGGCCAUUAAAGUGGCAUUUUGCAUUGUAAAGAGCUCACAGCAAUUAAUAUUAUUUCAGACAACGAAAUUUAUACCUGGGGAAAAGGUGCGCGUGGUAGACUGGGUACUGGGAACGAGGAUAAUACAAGUGAACCGACGUUAGUGAAAUUCCAAGAAAAGUUACGAGUUAUUUCUAUUUCAUCAAAUCGAGGAACCACUGUGGCAGUUAUUAAAGAAGGUAAUAUAUGGUUGAAAAAUUAAUACAAAUGUAAAAUGACGUCUAAAACCCCCCACUAGACAGUAUAUGUUUAAAUAAUUCCAGUGGCAGGCACUAGGGGGAGGGUGUGGGGUAACCUCCCCUCUUUGAAAACCUUUGAAUGAUAGCUGAAUAACUGUAACAAAGCUGUGACAAUUAUUUUUCGACCAUGAAAACGUAGUAGUAUAGGCUAUAGUUUGAGUCCACAUUUCAUGAAAUUUAAGGCAAAAAAGUUUACAGAACUACGAUUUCCAGCAAUAGAACGAAGUAGUCAUAUAGUCGCAACGUAAAUUCUCCUCCCAGGGGUCGUUAACUUUUUUGUGUGCCUGUGACCGCAAAAAUUAUUUGAAAAUGUGCCUGCAAAAUAUCUUCAUUCAAGAUGCGAAAUCACGACGCAAUAAGCCAUCAGUUUUAUCUAGUAACUAA